AUGGUUCAGACCUUGCACAUCAUUGACACGUCGUCCACCCGGCCGGAGGUGGCCAGCAUCGAGCCGCUGGGCCUGGGUGAACAGCAGUGCUCCCAGAAGGCCGUGGUGCAGGCCCGCCUGUCCCAACCCACCCGCCUGACCAGCAUCAUCUUCGCCGAGGACAUCACCACCGGGCAGGUCCUGCGCUGCGAUGCUAUCGUCGACCUCAUCCAUGGCAUCCGGGUCGUCUCCACCACCCGGGAGCUCUACCUCGAAGACUCCCCGCUGGAGCUGAAGAUCCAGGCUCUGGACUCAGAAGGGAACACGUUCAGCACCCUGGCUGGGCUGGUCUUUGACUGGACGAUCGUGAAGGACGCCGAAACAGACGGAUUCUCAGACUCACACAACUCCCUGCGAAUCCUCACUUUCUUGGAAUCAACGUACAUCCCUCCUUCCUAUAUCUCCGAGAUGGAGAAGGUCGCCAAGCAAGGGGACACCAUCCUGGUGUCCGGCAUGAGGACGGGGAGUUCCAAACUGAAGGCACGCAUUCACGAGGGCGUCUACAAGGAUGUCCGCCCCGCAGAGGUCAGGCUGUUGAUUUUGGAGAACAUUCUUCUGAACCCAGCCUAUGAUGUCUACCUGUUGGCGGGGACCUCCGUUCGCUACAAGGUGCAGAAAAUCAGGCAAGGAAAGAUCACAGAACUCGCGAUGCCCUCUGACCAGUAUGAGCUGCAGCUGCAGAACAGCGUUGUGGGUGCUGAGGGAGACCCGGCCCGGCCUGUCGCCGUCCUGGCCCAAGAGACAUCCACCGUCACCACCUUGCAGCCUGGACAGAGCAGCCUGGUCCUCAGCCACAGGAGCAUUCGCAUGCAGGGAGCUUCCCGGUUACCCAACAGCACGAUCUACGUGGUCGAACCAGGAUACCUGGGUUUUGUGAUUCACCCUGGUGACCGCUGGGUGCUGGAGACUGGCCGCCUGUAUGAGGUGACCGUUGAGGUGUUUGACAAGUCCAGCAACAAGGUCUACCUGUCAGAUAACAUCCGCCUCGAAACCGUGCUUCCUCCGGAGUUCUUCGAGGUGCUCACGUCCUCCCAGAACGGAUCGUACCAUCACAUCCGGGCCAUAAAGAGGGGCCAGACGACCAUCGAUGCGACCCUCACCUCUGUGGUGGACCAGGACGGAGGGGUCCACAUGCUGCAGGUGCCCGUGUGGAAUCAGCAGGAGGUGGAUAUUCACAUCCCUAUCACCCUCUUCCCCAGCAUCUUGACGUUUCCAUGGCAACCAAAGACAGGGGCCUACCAGUACACAAUACAGGUAACCAUGAGAGGCCAUUUCUGGGGCACAGGCUCUCAUGAUAGCUUUCUUCCCCCUGGUAUGCUCUUACGACGCCCCAGCCUCGGGCCCUUCCUCUCUAUGGACUCUAAUGCCCUGGCACACCCUUUGCCCCAGGUGUAUGUGAUUGAGCCCAGCAGCAUGGAGUUCACCCCGUGCCCCGUGGAGGCCCGAGUGGGCCAGACGCUGGCGCUGCCCCUGAGGAUCAGCGGCCUCAUGCCCAGUGGCCUGGGUGAGGUAGUCCCCCUGAGCGACUGCUCCCACUUUGACUUGGUGGUGGAGGUGGAGAACCAGGGCGUGUUCCAGCCACUCCCAGGGAGGCUCCCACCAGGGGCUGAGCACUGCAGCGGUGUCCAGGUGCGAGCGGAAACCCAGGGCUACACCACCCUCCUCGUGAGCUACAAGCACAGCCACAUCCACCUGAGUGCCAAGAUCACGAUCGCUGCCUACCUGCCCCUCAAGCCUGUGGAUCCCUCCUCCGUUGCCUUGGUAACCCUGGGCUCCUCCAAGGAGAUGCUGUUUGAGGGAGGCCCUAGACCCUGGGUCCUUGAGCCAUCUAAGUUCUUCCGAAACAUCACCUCGGAGAAUGCGGACAGCAUCCUGUUGGCUCUCCUUGGGCCCCCUGCCUCCCGGAAUUACCAGCAACACUGGAUCCUUGUGACCUGCCAGGCCUUGGGCGAGCAGGUCAUUGCCCUCUCCGUGGGGAACAAGCUCAGCAUCACCAACCCCUUCCCCGCGGUGGAACCUGCAGUGGUGAAAUUCAUCUGUGCUCCCCCAUCUCGGCUCACCCUCAUGCCUGUCUACGCCAGCCCGCAGCUGGACCUGUCCUGCCCGCUGCUGCAGCAGAACAAGCAGGUGGUCCCAGUCUCCAACCACCGCAAUCCCCUGCUCAACCUGGCCGCCUACGACCAGCAGGGCCGAAGAUUCGACAAUUUCAGCUCUCUGAGCAUCCAGUGGGAGUCCACCAGGCCAACGCUGGCCAGCAUUGAGGUCACCCAGCCCAUGACGCUGGUGUCCCAGGAUGACGGGAGUGGCCAGAAGAAGCUGCAUGGUCUGCAGGCCAUCUUGGUGCACGAAGCUUCGGGAAAUGCAGCCAUCUCUGCCACCGUCACAGGCUACCAGCAGUCACACCUCAGUGCAGCCAGAGUGCAGCAACCGUGCGAUCCCCUCAUGCCCGUGUCGGCCUCCAUUGAGCUGAUGCUGGUGGAAGACGUAAGAGUGAGUCCUGAAGAGGUGACCAUCUACAACCACCCCGGAGUGCAGGUGGAACUCCACAUCCGCGAAGGCUCUGGCUACUUCUUCCUUAACACCAGCGUCGCAGACAUUGUCAAGGUGACCUACCAGGAGGCCAAGGGCAUCGCCACGGUGCACCCUCUGCUUCCCGGCACCCUGAGCAUCAGGAUCCACGACCUGUGUCUGUCCUUCCCGACCCCGGCCAAGGCCGACAUUUCCAUCUCCGACAUCCAGGAACUGUACAUCCGGGUGGUCGACAAGGUAGAGAUUGGGAAGACGGUCAAGGCCUACGUCCGUGUGCUGGACUUCUACAAGAAGCCUUUUCUGGCCAAGUACUUCACCUUUAUGGACCUGAAGCUCCGAGCAGCCUCCCAGAUCGUCACCCUGGUAGCCCUUGAUGAAGCCCUUGACCACUUCACCGCCACGUUCCUGGUCCAUGGUGUGGCCAUUGGCCAGACCAGCCUGACGGCGACCGUGAUGGACAAAGCUGGACAGAGAAUCAACUCAGCCCCACAGCAGAUCGAAGUCUUCCCUCCAUUCAGGAUGAUACCCAGGAAGGUGACUCUGAUCAUUGGGGCCACCAUGCAGAUCACAUCGGAGGGCGGCCCCCAGCCUCAGUCCAACAUCCUGUUCUCCAUCAGCAACAAGAGGGUGGCCACCGUGGGCAGCACGGGGCUGGUGCAGGGCCUCACUGUGGGCAAUGGCACCGUGGCCGGCGUCGUGCAGGCGGUGGAUGCUGAGACGGGCAAGGUCCUCGUGGUGUCUCAGGAUCAGGUGGAGGUGGAGGUACUGCUUCUCCGGGCAGUGAGGAUCCGGGCCCCCAUCACGCGGAUGAGGACAGGGACCCAGAUGCCAGUCUAUGUCACCGGGAUCACCAGCAGCCAGAACCCUUUCUCCUUUGGCAACGCCGUGCCAGGCCUCACCUUCCACUGGUCUGUCACCAAACGGGACAUCCUGGACAUCCAGGGACGGCACCAUGAGGCAAAACUCCAGCUCCCGUCGCAGUACAACUUUGCCAUGAACGUGCACGGCCGAGUGAAAGGCCGGACAGGCCUGAAGGUGGUGGUCAAGGCCCUGGACCCCACGGCUGGGCAGCUGCAUGGCCUUGCCCACGAACUCUCUGAUGAGAUUCAAAUCCAGGUAUUUGAAAACCUGCUGCUGCUGAAUCCUGAAAUAGAAGCCGAGCAAAUAUUAAUGUCGCCCAACUCAUUUAUAAAGCUUCAGACAAACAGGGACGGUGCCGCAUCUCUGGGCUACCGCGUUCUGGAUGGGCCCGAGAAGGCUCCUGUCGUGCACGUGGACGAGAAAGGCCUCCUGGUGUCCGGGUCCGCCAUUGGGACUUCCACAGUGGAAGUGAUCGCCCAAGAACCUUUUGGGGCCAACCAAACCAUCACAGUUGCUGUGAAGGUGGCCCCGGUUUCGUACCUGAGGCUGUCCGUGAGCCCCAUCCUGCACACCCACAACCAGGAAGCUCUGCCGGCCCUGCCGCUGGGGGUGACCAUGACCUUCACUGUCCACUUCCAUGAUAACUCCGGGGACAUCUUCCACGCUCACAACUCCGUCCUCAACUUUGCAACUAACAGGGAUGACUUUGUGCAGAUUGGGAAGGGCGCCACCAACAACACCUGCGUCGUCCGCACCAUCAGCAUGGGCCUGACGCUGCUCAGUGUGUGGGACGCGGAGCACGCGGGCCUCGCCGACUUCGUCCCCCUGCCGGUGCAGCAGGCCAUCUCCCCAGAGCUGCCGGGAGCCGCGUGGGUCGGGGACAUCCUCUGCCUGACCACCAUGCUCGUUGGCCUGGAAGGUACGCGAAUCACCAUCAGCGCCCCUCCCGGGAUCACAGCCCAUCACAUCCGCACCGCCCCGUCCGGCUCCCAGGAAGCUUCAGCCUCCAGAGUGACCAUCACCUUGGGAGACAGAAGCUCUAACCUCAGAGGGCUCUGGUCCUGGCCCAUUGGGCCCUGGGGGGAAGGCAGCCCCCUUCCCCAGGGGUGUGUGGCCUCACUAGCACCCGCCCGCCCUCCCGCUCCCCCGGGCACUGCCCGUCCCCAGGUGAAGUCCAGCUCCCCGGCCGUGCUGGCCUUCGUGAAGGAGAAGUCGCUUGGACUGCCCAGCUUCAUGACAUACACGGUCAGCGUCGCCGACCCGGCAGCCGGCAGCCAAGGGCCCCUGUCCGCUGUCCUGACCUUUGCGAGUCCUAUGACCAGCCAAGCCCUUACCCUGCCGGUUACUGUGGUCUUCGUGAGGGAUCGCCGUGGGCCCGGCCCUCCCUACCACGCUGUCUGUACCCCGCGAGAGCUCUCUGCCACGCCAGCCUUCACACCCAGAGCCAGCCCGAGGCACAGCCCCAGCUAUUUUUCUGCCUCAUCUCCGGUGCCUCUCCACGCGCUGCCACCUGGUCGCAAAGCCAGCCCACCCUCAGGGCUCUGGAGCCCAGCCUAUGCCUCCCACUAAUUAGGCCACUCGUGAAGCUGGGCCGCUGGGGGCUGCAGAUUUGAUGUCAGUGCAGGCCCUGCACUUGGACACCCUGAGGGACAGCCCCCCACUCCCCACCCAGACCCCCAUGCCGCGGCUGUUGUGCUGCCCUCCGUGUGGACUGUGCUUGUUAGCUGCUGCUUCUUGUAGCGUGUAGGUUUGGCUUCUUUAGGGGUCUUCCAAAAGCUUGGCCUUUGGCGCAUCCACGUAUGCCUGGUUGUCCGGGGUUUCUGGACAGCCUGACACUGUGUUUUCAUCCGCUGGAGCUGCUCAGCCUCCUCCCUCCCUCCCUCAAGGCUGGAGCAGUUAGAAACUCUGCUGGAACUUGUCUGUAGAUAAUAGCACUGUAGUGCUCUCAGGGAAAGGAUUUGUCAUGACGUAUUUAUUCCUGUGGGGGCUUUUCCCUGUAACAUCUUUGUCCCC